AUGAAAUCAGUAUCUUUGUUCGUGUUUCUUCUUCUUCUUCAUCUCUUGGUUAGUAGUAGUAAUAGCUUCCGAGUGGACCUCUUCAACGAUGUGGCAAGCGGAUCAAGCAUACCGGAUUGCUCGCACGCGUGUGGACCAUGUAGUCCGUGCAAGCUCGUUGUGGUUACUUCCACGUGCUCUUCCUCUGAGGCUUGCCCUGUCGUUUACAAGUGCUUGUGCAAAGGCAAAUUCUAUCACGUGCCUUCCAACGCCUAA